UAGUCACAAGGGAAAGAGAUGCAAAAAGUAAAUAGAUCAGUCUUCCAAGCAUGACAGUGAGUUUUACUGGCUACAUAACUUAUGCUGCUUCUUUUUCAGCAGUGUCCAGAUUAUAUGAGACACAGAUUUUAGACCAAGCACACCAGUGAUGUCAUAGUCUGACUCAACAUUUAGCCCUGAAAUGGCUCUUCUUGUAUUUUCUAAAUGCCAAACCCCAACCUGGAGUGAGUGAUGCUUUGGGUAAGGGCUCUGUGACACUUAGAUGGCCCUGACACAGUGAAGUUGCCCAAAAGCCACCUUACUUUCCUUCCUCUGAUGCUGACUUUUCAGUCUCUCUGAGACCCAUUUGUGGUUUUCCAGGCUCUGCGUAGUCCCAGUCCAGGAUUGCAGCAUCGUUUUAUGACUGUGGAGACUGAGCUAAUAGCAGGCCGGUGUUUUUUCCACUCUGACUCACAUUGCUGAUACAUGAUGUUUCCAGCUCUUCACACGGUCAUUUUGACUUUUAUCACCAAAUUCUUUACCUUUUCUUCCCCUCCCUGAAUACCAGUGCAGCAUAUUCUCAUUGAGGGAAAAUAAGAAAUGCAACAGUAUAUUUUAUAUUUUAAAUGCUUCUCUCCUGAGAAUAAUUUUAUUUUCUAUUUGCUGCUCCUUAUUGAUGUAGUGGAACCAAAGCAGAGGGGCAAGCUUCUAGCCACCCAGACAGCAGCUGAAUUGUCUAAAAAUGUGUCUUCACCCGGUUCUCACCCGCCAGCUGUGAAUAAGGGCGGGAUGGUAGCUAGCCCCAGCCCCGAUGGCAGCAUGCUGGUCACAGAUGAAAGGGUUCCGAAAUUUUUGUCCAGAAAGACUUUGGUAGAGUUUCCACAGAAAGUUCCGUCUCCAUUCAGAAAACAGGGCUCUGGUUCAGAAGCUCGUCGGGUGGGUCGGAAAGUGGCGUCAUCUUCGUCUUCAUCCUCAUCCAGCUCCUCUGAUUCCGAGUCUGACGACGAGGCUGAUGUUUCAGAGGUCGCUUCUCAAGUGGUGAGCAAAGGCAGAGGGGGGCUUCGAAAACCAGAGGCCUCUCAUUCCUUUGAAAACAGAGCCCCCCAAGUUACAGUAUCAGCAAAAGAGAAAACCUCGCUGCAAAAGCCACAUGCCGACGUCACUUAUCCAGAGAAGCCCCUCCAGCCAAGGAAGAAAGGGCUACCCGCUAAGCCAUCAGAAGGCAGGGAAGAUGUGAGAGCAAAAACCACAGUGCCCAGAUCUCAAGUAGAUGAGUUUUUCAAGCAAAGUUUAAAGGAAAAACGAUUGCAGAAAACAUUUAGAUUAAAUGAAAUAGAUAAGGAAAGCCAAAAGUCAUUUGAAGUUAAAGGACCCUUACCUGCCCACACAAAAUCAGGGUCGUCUGUGCCACUGAAGGGCAGCCCAGCACCUACUGUGCUGGCAGAAGAGGCCAGAGCAGGGGGGCACCUGCGAGCCGUUUCUCCUGGGGCCUCAGAGGGGCAUCUGGAAACACCGGUGCCAGAGCCCCAGCACAAGAUGGUCCCUCCCCUGCCCGGAAAGGAAGCCUCGGGGGUGCAGGGAAGAGAAGGGCACCUGGAGGCUAGAGAGGCAGUCAUGGAAGAUCAGAUUCCACCGCGCGAUGUGGAGACAGUUCCUGUUGAGAAGAACCAUGGUUUCCAUGAAAAGCCAGCAGCGCCGAAGCACGAGGCCAAGGGCAAGGCCACGGAAGACACGGCCACGCCAGGGGACGAUCAAGACUGCACACAGGACCCGGCCGCAGCGCCUACCGAGCCGUUCGACAACACUACCUACAAGAACCUCCAGCAUCAUGACUACACCACGUACACCUUCUUAGACCUCAACCUCGACCUCUCAAAAUUCAGGAUGCCUCAGCCCUCCUCAGGCCGGGAGUCACCUCGACACUGACAGCCCUCAGUGUGAAGAUUAACCUUGCUCCGUCUUCGCUGCAUCCUGCAGUGCAAAAAUAAAAUCCACUCGAGUCA